AUGUUUCCCUGGGCCCUCCGCUACCUCUCAGGACCCCACCAGAAGAUAUUUCAGUACCACCAGGCUGUGAGGGGCUUCAUCCACCAUGAAAUCAUCAGGCAUAAGCUCAGGACACCUGAGGCCCCCAAGGAUUUCAUCAGCUGCUACCUGGCACAAAUCACCAAGGCCAUGGAUGACCCUGUCUCCACAUUCAGAGAGGAGAACCUUAUCCAAGUGGUGAUUGACCUAUUUCUGGGAGGCACAGACACCACGGCCACCACUCUGCACUGGGCAAUCAUAUACCUGGUCCAUCACAGAGCCAUCCAAGAGAGAGUGCAGCAGGAACUGGAUGAGGUGCUGGGUACUACUGCACAGGCUGUCUGCUAUGAGGAUCGAGAACGACUGCCCUACACCCGUGCUGUCCUCCACGAGGUACAACGCCAUAGCAGCGUUGUGUCCGUGGGCGCUGUACGUCAGUGUGUGACUCCCACCUGGAUGCAUGGUUACUAUGUGCCUAAGGGAACCAUCAUCUUGCCCAAUCUGGCCUCUGUGCUGUAUGACCCCGAGUGCUGGGAGACCCCUCAUCAGUUCAACCCUGGCCACUUCCUAGACAAAGAUGGAAACUUUGUGACCAAUGAGGCCUUCCUGCCCUUCUCUGCAGGGCAUCGGGUGUGUCCUGGGGAACAGCUUGCCCGAAUGGAGCUCUUCCUGAUGUUUGCCACCCUCCUCAGGACCUUUCGGUUUCAACUACCAGAAGGGAGCCAGGGCCUCAGGCUGGAAUAUGUCUUUGGUAGUACACUGCAGCCUCAGCCCCAGAAGAUUUGUGCCGUGCCUCGUCUGAGCAGCCUCAGCCCUAGGGAGCCCUAG